UCUCGCUUUGCUUUGUUUUUUUUCCUCUUUAAUAUUAAAGAAGCGAAAAUUCUCUCUUUCUUUUCCUCCUCUGUUUGUGUAGCGAAUUUUCAUGGUGUAGGAGAAAAUUUUUAUUUUAAUUUCUUCUUCUUUUCUCGUCGCUUCGAAAAUUGUUCAAGUAUUAAUUCUCUGGAAAUUUUGAAAUGGAGUGGGAUUUCUUAGGUUUGAACUCGAAGAAUGUGGCUAUGGCUAUGCCUUUGAAAGAAGAAUUUCAAGAUACUUCUAAAAAUUCAGCAAUGGUGAGUGGUUCAAGUAUGCAGUGGUCAUUCUCAAACAAGGUUUCUGCUGUUCCCCAAUUGCUGUCUUUCAAGGCUUCUCAAGAUGAGAAGCAAAGGAAAAUUAUUGUUGACCCACUUGUCUCAUCAGACACUCCAAAUCCUUCCCAUAGGCCAUAUUCUUCUGUAAUUCAGAAGAAUGUAGCCUCAGAUAAGAAGGCUGGAAACCAGUAUGCAAUGACAGUUUACCCUUUCCAAAAUGCCAAGGCGCUUCCGGUGGAUUGUUCACAAGAUGUGAAGAUGUUUCCGAUUUCAAACCAACCACCAAGCAAUGCAGUUCCAGUGGCUUUUAACGUCCCAAUAUUUCAAUCCCAUUUGGUUCCUUCUGGCCAACCUGUGGUUGGUUCCAAUGUUAACUUGCAGCCAUUUGGUGGGGUUCCAAUUGCAACCUCCAUUUCGGUUCCUUUCACGAGCUCUGUGGUCGGUACCACCGAGUUAAGGAAUGCUUCAAAACCUCCGGGUUCGAUGGCACAGCUGACGAUCUUCUACGCAGGGUCCGUAUAUGUUUAUAAUGACAUCUCUCCUGAGAAGGCUCAGGCUAUCAUGCUUCUGGCUGGCAGUAAUGGGCUGCCGCAAACGCUAAACAACAUACUUUCAACAGGUCAAGUGAAGGCAUCAUUCACUGGUGAAAGUUUCCAUGGAAUGCCACUCCUUGGUCUUUCAAAUCCACAUUCUAAGGGUCAUAAUGCAGGAGUAGGAUCUUGUAGUAACACUGAGCUACCUACUGCUGCUAAACCUAUACAAACCUCAGUGUCAUCUCAUCCUAACCAUUCCGAACCUCCCAUGGAUGCCAGUUCCGUUGCACCGAUUUCCCCGAUUCCCCCAACAUUCAUACCUGCAGCUGUACCUCAGGCUCGAAAGGCAUCCUUGGCUCGGUUUUUAGAGAAGCGCAAAGAACGGAUAAACACUUGCCCCUACAGUGUUGCAAAGAAAACAUCAGACUGCUCAUCGUCAACAUUGGACCUGAUGGCCUGAUAUUUGGUCAAGGGCCAGUGCCAAUCUUUGGACUCAUCAAAAACCGGUGUCCAUCAUGUUAGAGAAGUUUAGAUAUAAUCAUCCAAAGCAAAUUUUGUCAAUCUGUUAGCUUAGAUUGAUUCUUGGUUUUAGUUUAGUUUAGUUUUUUUUUUUAAUAUUUUUCUUUUGUUCAAUUGAAAAGCAAAGAACAGUAUGUAUCUUAGCUGCUCCGUAUUUAUGUAAAAUAUAGCUUUUAUUUAUACCCAGAGAAACAAUGGGAUGAUAUUUUGUAUUGUAUCAAAAUACUUGAAAGAUCAUUUUUUCCCCUUUGAAAAAUUAUGCCAAAAAAACACUAUUCUGAAUGA